GAAGUCUUUACGUCAUUUCCUGCAGAGAAAUCGUGGACGGGGCGGCAUGCCUGCGCUCAGAGGCUUUUGCUCUCAACGAACGUCUGCGUAAAAGCUGCUGCAUGCUAGGAAAACAUCUUUCUCAAGCUAUCUGCCACAACUCUCAAAUCUCCUUCCUGGCCAGUUAACACCAGUUCAGACACUGGACUCUCACAAUGGCCAGAGAUGGAGCAGAAACAGAGUUGCUACUGAAGAGAGUCCAGGAACUGGAAGACAUGGUGCAAAGGCUGCAAGAAAAGCUAGAGAGCAAGCAGACUGCAGGCACAGAAGGCAGCCUCUCAGCAGCAGGGAAGACUAAGAAACGGCAGCAGCGGCCAUUUGAUUUUAGUGCUUAUGGCCAGAGACACGUGGCGCUGAAGAUAGCCUACCUGGGCUGGGGAUAUCAGGGCUUUGCUAGCCAAGAGAACACCAACAAUACUAUUGAAGAAAAGCUGUUUGAGGCUCUCAGCAAAACCCGACUGGUAGGCAGCAGACAGACUUCCAACUAUCACCGCUGUGGGCGCACUGACAAGGGAGUCAGUGCCUUUGGACAGGUAAUCUCCCUAGAUCUCCGCUCAAACCUGUCAAAGGAUAAAGCAGCAAAUAAACCCGAGGGUGCAAUGGAGGACACAGCCACAAAUACUGCAGAGGAGAUCCGCUACACACACAUAUUGAAUCAAGUGCUCCCUCAUGACAUACGGGUACUGGCUUGGGCCCCAGUAGAUCCCAGCUUCAGUGCUAGGUUUAGUUGCCUCAAAAGGACCUAUCGCUAUUUCUUCCCUCGUGCUGAUCUAGAUGUAGCUCUCAUGAAUACUGCAGCUCAAAAGCUCGUGGGGACCCAUGAUUUUCGUAAUCUAUGCAAGAUGGAUGUAGCCAACGGCGUAAUCAACUUUCAACGGACAAUUCUUACUGCAGAGGUGAAGCCUGUGGCUAGAGCAGAGGAUGCCGAGCUGCACAACCCUUUCCAAAUGUACCUGUUUGAAGUGACAGGCCAAGCAUUCCUCUACCACCAGGUCCGUUGCAUGAUGGCUAUUCUCUUCCUGAUUGGACAAAGGAUGGAAAAGCCAGAGAUUAUCGAUGUGCUGCUGGAUGUAGAGAACAACCCUCGGAAACCACAAUACAGCAUGGCAGUGGAAUUUCCUCUGGUUUUGUAUGACUGUGAAUUUGAAAAUAUCCAGUGGAUCUAUGAUCGCAAUGUGCAGGAGUUUAACGUCACUCAUUUACAGCAGCUUUGGGCCAACCAUGCUGUUAAAACUCACAUGCUGCGUAGCAUGUUAAAAGGGCUUGAUUUUGCUGAGAUGCCUACAGAGACAGGUUCAAGCAACAGCACAAUUCGGUGGGGAGAGCUGGAGCCCCCAGUCCACAAUCAGAUCAGUGCCUUAAUCGAGGGAGCAAAAGCCCGAAACUACAAGCCAUUAAUGGAUCGCCCCAAAUGUGAAGGGUUGGAGUCUCGCAUCAGUUACUUUGUGCGUAGAGGACGCAUUGAACUUCCACACCUUAAGAAAACAAAGCACUCUGAAAAGGAAUCAGAUGAAGAGAUGGAAGUUAAGAACAGCCACAGCAAAAGUGUGGAGACAGACAAUGAUGUUCCAGAACAAGCUGCAAAGAGAGUCUGUACGAGUUCAGACUGAAGUUUCCACGCCAUCUCUUAUCUCCAAGCAGAUAGCUCCAGAUCUCUUCUCAUGCAAACCUAUUGGGAUCCUUACUUUUGUUCUUUUUAAUAACACAGGCAUACCACUAAAUGCUUUGCAUUUAAGAAAUAAACAUUUUUUAAAAUAAUA